UCACACCCUCACAGUCGCCUCUCUUCACAGCAGAGACGCUCGCUUUACGGCCGUGUUGUGGUCAGCCGUAAAGUGGGACGUGUGGACUCGGAGGAAGGUUAUACUGACUCCAACAAAACACGCAUCAUGCCGUUCGUGGACCUGCAGUCGCGGUUUGGUAUCAGCAUUGACAACUGGCUUCUGGCCCAGAGCCAGAAACAGCCCCUAAAUCAAGCGGCGCGCUGCCACGUCUUUGAGAAGGAGUGGAUCGAAUGUUCUCACGGCAUCGGGCAGACCCGCGCCAAGAAGGAGUGCAAGUUGGAGUAUGAGGAUUUCUACGAAUGCAUGCACAGGCAGAAGACGAAUGCGAGGCUGUACGCCAUCCGCCAGCAGCGCGAGAAGAUGAUAAAGGAGGGGACCUACACGCCUCCGCCCUGCCACACAGGCAACAGCGAAUAGUCGCCACGACCGAACAGUCCUGUUCUUCUGCAUAGUAAAUCAAAUAUUACCAUUUCCUGUUCGCCUGUACAAGUUUUCAAAUAAAUGUUAUAGUCCACUGA